UUUGAGCGUGUAGUGAACUGGUCGUCAGUUUAGUUCCUUUUUGGCCGCUGUGAAAUGUACGUUGCGUCGUUACAACAGUGCACAAUAAAUGAAGAAAAAGAAGUCUAAACAAAAUACGCAACCAAUCAAUGCACUUGCAUUUAUCAAAAGUUUUUCUACCAACAAAUAAAAAUCUGUGAAAUUUUCAAUGACAAAAAACCGGUUGAAUCGUUGUUUUCAGACGCCUCAACCACGACAAGUGAGUGAAGUGGAGUGAGUGUCAAGUGAAACGUUCAUCUUUUGUUUACUAUACAUCUGCCACAUUUGCAUUAAACGAAAACAAAAACAAAUCUCCCUCGACCCAUCGGAUCUCCCGCGCCAAAACAAAGAUGCAAAUAUCGAAGAAAUUUUAAAGUUAAGUUCAUUGUUAGCAAAAUUAAAAAAAAUCAGUAUUUCAACAAACAACAAACAAACAAAUUCCAACUACUAUAAAAACAACAACAACAACAACUACAUACCAAAACAAGUUCCAGUUCCUCUAACUCUGCCUCGCGCUUUGCAUACAAAUUCAAAUUUUAAAGUGCGGAUUUCGAGUAACGUCGACGACACAAACCAACAGCAAAGAAAAAUCAAAAGAGCUCAUCGCCAUCACCGUCACCAUCGACAUCAAAUCAGUAUUAAAAGCAAAUAAUACCAAAUAAAUCAAAAACAGCGAGAACGAACAGCAGCACCACGGCGAAGCAUUACAACCACCGAAUUCCAUUUCAAGUUAGGAUUACAAGAAUGGAUUAAGUGCGAAUUCCGGAAAGUCAGCAAGCUUUGCGAUUAGUUCUCGAGGGGAGAAGUUUUGUUUUUCCUUAGAAAAAUAGAACUCCUUUCGGCACCCCGGAGUUUCGUCAAGGAUUUCGAGAAAUGCAAAUAAUUGUAGACAAAAUUCCCAUGUUUUCCAAACAAACCACAAAACGCAAUUCCAAAAAAAAAAAUGAUGAAAUGAAUGUCCCACCAGGCUCCUCAAGGGCUCCAGCCUUAGGGGGCCAAAUAUCACCACCUGGUAAUUAUACAACGACGGUGCCAGACAAUCAUCAACAUCAUCAGCAACAGCAGCAGCAGCAGCAAUUCCAACAGCAGCAGCAAUUCCAACAGCAGCAACAAUUUUACCAACAACAGCAGCAACAGAAUUUCCAUCAACCCCAUCUCCACCACCCGCCACAGCAUCAGCAUUAUAUAAAUCAUCAUAGUAAUUCAUAUUCAGGAAAUGCCUCAUAUCUAGGCGAAUCGGAUAGUUUGCGCUCGUUGAACAACACAUUUGGGCCGAACUCGGAGUUCACCUCAUCGACGGGCCACAGCCCUGGCGGAGGGCUCCACACGAAUAUAGAUCGCCUUUCAUUUCCCGCCAACCAGCAAAGGGACAGUAUUAGUAGUUCUGGCAAUAUAAAUGGAGUAGUUAGUCCUGCUUUAGUUUCACCCGCAUCAUCCAAUUCAGGCAAUACGCUGCCUGGCAAUUACAAUAAUAUGGUAGCAGCCACAAGUGCUCAACAAGCCAACAUGGAUGCAAUGAGUGGUUACAGUCAGAUGGGCGGUAUGCAUCCCGGAGUAAGUUCGGGAAUGAUGGGCACGACAGCGCAAUCACAUCACCAGUACAUAAAUGCCAAUGGUGGAGUGAAUCAUGCAGCCAUGGGCCCAUUGACAACAGGUGGCACUGGAAAUAUGCAAAUGCAUGUAAUGGGUGGCACAUCGAAUGGAAACAACAUGGCAGGCUACAACAACGCUGGUCCAGGAGCGGCGUCUACGAGGCAUCAUCAGAUCUCCCCUAUGAAUCAAAUGCAAAAUAUGGCUAUAGGUGGCAUGGUGGGAAUGCAGGCUGCGAGCGGUGGCAUGGGAUCGGCUAGUGGUUCACCAAGUGGUAUGUCCUUACAUCAACAACAGCACCAACAAAUGGGUACCAUGACCCCCAUGUCAAAAAUGCAAGGUAUGGCUAAUGGAGGAUAUAAUCAAAGACGCAUGGCUCCCUAUCCAAAUCCCCAAAUGCAUGCGGCCCAAAAAAGAAGUGGAAUGUAUCCUAUGAACACUCAAAAUAUUCCCCAGCAACAGGGACCAGGAAGCAUGCCGUAUGGAGGUGGAGCAAAUCUCAUGCCCCAUCAGAGUGGCUCUGGUGUGCCAUUGCCAAUGCACACGGGAUACGGAAGAAAUGGUCCCAUGGGAGGUUAUGGCAGGCCUGGUAAUUGUGGUAAUAUGGGACCUGCCGGAAUCGGCCCAGGAAACAUGGGUCCUGGGGCUUUGGCUCCUGGAGCUUUAGGACCUGGCAGUAUGGGUCCAGGUGGAAUGAUACCCGGCACCAAUGUGAGUGCUGGCUGUAUGAGCACAAUGCAAAGAUUCGGUCCUGGCUCCGCUUACGGCUCAAAUCCCCAUCACUCGCAACAUGGUCAGUUUUAUUCCGGUUCUCAGCCAGGUUUGAAUUUGAAUAGUGGAAGCUCUGCUGGCGGCAUGUGUCCGGCUGGUCCCGGUUCUGCUUCGAGCACUGGAAAUCCCUAUCAGAAUCAAGGUUUUCAACAAAAUUAUCAACAUAGCCCAGUUCCUGGAAAUCCGACACCACCAUUAACACCCGCCUGCAGUGUACCCUAUGUUAGUCCAAAUCCUGAUAUUAAACCACAAAUGGACAAUUGCGAAGAGAUGCGAUUAACAUUCCCAGUGCGAGAUGGCAUCAUACUACCACCGUUCCGUUUGUUACACAACCUAUCCGUGAGCAACCAUGUAUUCCACCUCAAGCAAAAUGUCUACAACACCCUCAUGUGUCGGUCUGAUCUGGAGUUGCAGUUAAAGUGUUUCCACCAGGACGAUCGGCAAAUGAACACAAAUUGGCCUCACACAGUCACCGUGUCCGCAAAUGCCACCCCUUUGAACAUCGAACGUUCGGAGAAGACGGGCCAAGCACUCAGACCACUAUAUUUAAAAUCGGUCUGUCAACCAGGCCGCAACACCCUGCAAUUAACGGCAAGUUCUUGCUGUUGUUCCCACUUAUUUGUUCUACAACUAGUCCAUCGACCAUCAGUGCGGCAAGUGAUGCAAAGUCUACACAAGCGCAAUUUGCUUCCCUUGGAACACAGUGUGGCAAAGAUCAAAAGAUAUUUUGCUAUUGGCGUAGUGGGUAGUUCCACGACACAGAAUCCCGAUGGCUCCACGAGUGUCAACAACAUGAAUGAUGCCAACAAAUAUGUAAAGAUCUCAUUGAAAUGUCCAAUUAUGAAAUCUCGAAUCCGCUUGCCCGCCCGUGGAUUAGAAUGUAAGCACAUCCAGUGUUUCGAUCUGGAGGGUUACCUAAUGAUGAAUAGUGAACGAGGCACAUGGCGAUGUCCGGAAUGUAGUAAGCCAGCCCUCACCGAAAGUUUGGAGAUAGAUCAGUAUUAUUGGGCAAUCCUGAAUACUCUGAAUAACUCUGAUGUUGAAGAAGUAGCUAUUGACUCUUUGGCAAACUGGAGAGCACUCCAAGGCAACAUGCACGGCAGUCCAAACAAUAAUACAAUCAGUCCAGGCCCUAAUUCUACCCCUACAGCUUCAACAUUACCUACGUCAAGCACUGGCAGAGCGAACACGCCGUCCAGUACUGCUAGUGGCAUGACUAUUCCUGCAAUUAAACAAGAAAAUUUCGCGGAUGAUAUGAUGAAAGUAAUGUCUCCCGGAUCCACACAACUUCCAACGUGGGAUAACACGCAAGCAAUGAGUCCAUUCAAUAGCCACGAUAUGAAUUCUAUUGCGAAUGGCAACAUGAUAGCAGGAGGAAGUGGAGCUAACUCUGCUAACCAAAGUGGAAACGGAAACAAUGGUAGCAACAGAAACAAUUUCGAUAACUUUAAUAACCCUCAAACGCCAAGUGAAUCACAGCCAAAUGACUCCGCACACCAAUCCAGUUCAUUGACUCAUAUGCACGAGCCACUGGAUCAAUUAAAUGCUAUGGAGAAGUCUCACACCGACCAGAUGCCUCAUACUCCCCAUACUCCGCAUACACCAGGUGGAAGCAGCCAUCCAAUGACUCCUGGAGGUCCACCAUCGGUGAAUUCGACUCACAAUGAGCCCGCCAGUAACACCACAUCGAAUGUUGCCAAUUCGAGUAGCCAUAAUUCGCCCCAACAUCCUGGCACCCCUAACAAUCGAGGUGUAAACAACAACACCAGCCAACAGCCACAAUCACAGGAGAGCCAACAGCAGCAGCAUCAGUCACAACAAGAACAAAUAAUUAAUUCUUUGAUUGGGCCACAAUCGUCAUCGGACUUGGUGAACCUCAAUGAGGGAGAUUUAAAUGCGGAGCUUAAUAGUUUCGAUCCAGCGAAUAUGAAUAAUGCUGAUGCCACAAAUGAUUUGAAUCUUCUAUCGGAUGUGGAUCCAUUGGAAAUUCUGUCAUAUUUAGAGCCCCAGCCCGACCUCAAUACACCUCCAUCUAGUGGAUCCAGCAAUAAUAACAACAAUGAAGACAUUCUGGCGUCCUUGUUCGAUUAAACAAAUGCGCGCCCACGUACGCCUACCAUACCAAUUUGGAAACUAUCUUAAAACGCAACAACUACUUCUACUCUCCCUUGCAGUGUACAUAGUAUUAUUGAAAAAAAAAAAAAAACAACAACAACAAAAUCAUUAGCUGCAAAAAGUAAGCUACGCCACAACUUACACCCUACUACAACCCUCACAUAAAAAGUUGGCAAAUAAAGAAACAAAAAGUAAGGACAGCCACAACAAUUUGAAAACAAUGAAAUGUGAUUACCAAUAAAAUUAAAUUAAAAAAAAAUCUGUUAAUUAUCGCAAGUGCAUUAUAAUUUAUGUAAUUGAAAAAAAAAACAAAAAAAUAUCCUAGAGUCCAUGCAUUUGAUUUGCUCCUUUAAUCUCCCAUAGACUGUUUUAUGGACAUUCUCAUUUAGAAAAACUUGACAAAACGAACGAAAAAGUCACGACUCUACUGCAAAAGGACCAUUGCCAGAAAACCAAAACCAAGUCCUUAAUUUUUUUGUAUUUGCUCUUUUUUUGUUUGCUGUUGUUUUUAAACUUCUUUUUUGUACAAAGUAUUGAUUUUAACAUUUAUAAAUAAAAAAAAAAUUGUUAAAUAUUUUUAAAGCUUUUAAAGUGCGAAUAAGUGAAUGCUUGUAAAUACGCACAUACAUACGUCGGCAAACACACACAAGCAUACAAUCAAUCGCCCCUUCCCUUCUGAAAUUAUACAUUUAUUAAUUACAUAAGCACAACAACAACAAUACUAUUAUGUUUAAUUAUUCAAAACAAAUAAAUUAAAAUAUAGUCUUAACUAUUAGGAUAUAGAUCAAAGAAAUUUACUUAAUUAUUAAAAACAAAACAAAGCGGUAUUCAAAUUAUUUAAGCGAGCUAUUAAGCGUGUAUCUAAACAAACCCAAUUCACAAUAAGCUGUAAAUAGAGUAUGCAUAGAAUGUGUUACCCCAUGUACAACACUACCAACUCCCCACUAUACAAGGCUAAACACAUUUGCUGAGUUAUGUAUGUAUGCAUGUACCUAUGUAGAUUCCAAUGCAAAAUUGUACACAAACUUUCAAUCGACGCGAAAAAGAACAAAAAUAAACAAAUGUGUCCAAAUGUA